GCAUCUGUGCCACAAACUGGAUCAAAUCCAGCACUUUGGUUCAGCUUGUCUUUGUCAGCCUUGAUGCUUCUUGCAAUGAAUCAUGUAACUCUUGUAAUGUCCUGUUUUGUUUGCUAGCAUUUUCUCCAGGAUUGGCUCAGAAAGACAGGGUAGUUGUAUCUUUCUUUUCAUCCUAGGUGCAGCUCAACAGCCCUGUGAACCAGAAAAUGACUGCCCGAAGAAGAAGAGGCAUCAAAAGCCAAAACCUGAGGCCUCUAGAAGAUGCACCUUGGGCAUGUGAUAAAUCCGUCACCUGUGAGAAUGGGCUUGGCUAAUGUAAGCUGGCAUGAAUGUCUCCAUCAUUGGAGGCAAGGAAGCCAAAAAGCUGAAGCCGUGGCUGGUGUCCAUCCAGCUCAAGGAACAUCAUGUGUGUGGAGGAGCACUGAUUCAGGAACAAUGGGUUUUGACAGCUGCGCACUGCAAAAACUUUUUAAAACCUAUUGAAUCAGUGACGGUCCUUUUAGGGGCUCUGUCUCUGAAAAACAGCAAAAACACUCAGCGCAUUAAAGUCCAACGUUGUGAGAUCCCACAGAAAUUCAGUGAGGAAACUAAGGAAAAUGAUAUCAUGCUGUUGAAGCUCCAAGAAAAGGUCCACCUUAAAAGACAAAACGUGAAAGUGAUUCCACUACCUAAAGCAAGCAAGGACAUCCAAGCUGGAACUAAAUGUCAAGUAAGUGGAUGGGGAACCACCAGUGUGGAAGCUGUCAAAUCAUCCGAUAAGCUGCGAGAGCUGGAGGUUGAGGUGGUGUGCAGGGACCUGUGCAACUGCUACUACAACAACAACCCUUUCAUCACUGAGGACAUGCUGUGUGCAGGGAACAAGGAGCAGAAGAAAGAUGCAUGCUGGGGUGAUUCCGGUGGUCCUCUCAUUUGUAAGAAAAGCAUGGUGGGGCUGGUGUCAGGGGGAAAUGGAUGUGGGGAUCCUAAGAAACCUGGUGUCUACACUCUUCUCUCCAAGAAACACCUUUUCUGGAUCAAGACCACAGUUAAAAAACAAUCAAACAUCACAGCUCUGUACAACUGACCAGCUUCAGAGUGACAUAGUCAACCCAUGCUUUCAUGUUUUGGUGAUAUGUCUUGUGUAUACAUAUUGUUUAGAUGCAUCAUUUCUGUUGUUCUUUUACAGUUCUUUGCAGAGUGUACUUUCUUUAAGUAUGGAGUUAUGUAAUGGCUAAAGCUUGGGAGGAGGACCACAGCAGAAAUCUCCUUUUCCUUUUUGUCUAACAGUGGGGGGGCUUCUAGUUCUUAGCAAUCUCUCUCUCCUCUUACAGUCCCACAGUCUCAUCUCAUACUAUGCCUAUGUGUUGAAAACCUGAUCCGAAUCCUCCAAAACAGGUUUUUCUUUUACAAGAAAAUGUCUUUGUAUGAGUUAUAUCUUUGUAUACUUUUGCAAUUUGACCUCAUAUAAACUGCUGUUCUUCUUAAAUGCCUAA